GAGACAGCGCGAGGUCCAGCUGUCAGCGCGGCCUCAGCCCCGCCGGGAGGGAGCCCCUCCUCCCCGCGGCUGUGCGCUCCUUGCCCGCGGGGAACCAUGGCGUCCAGCGAGGAGGACGGAAGCGGCAACGGCUCUGUGGAGGAGAAGGAGAACGGCAAGAAGAGGAGCCUGGGCGCCCUGGCCACGGCCUGGCUCAUCUUCUACAACAUUGCCAUGACCGCGGGGUGGCUGGUGCUGGGUAUUGCCAUGGCACGGUUUUAUAUCCAGAGAGGAACACACAGAGGCUUAUUCAGAAGCGUGCAAAAGAUACUUAAAUUUUUCCAGACAUUUGCUUUGCUUGAGGUAGUCCACUGUGCAGUUGGAAUAGUUCACACAUCUGUGCUUGUGACUGGGGUCCAAGUGAGUUCAAGAAUCUUCAUGGUGUGGUUCAUUGCGCAUAGUAUAAAACAGAUCCAGAAUGAGGAGAGCGUUAUUCUUUUUCUGGUCGUAUGGACUGUGACAGAGAUUACUCGAUAUUCCUUCUACACAUUCAACCUGCUCAACCAUUUGCCAUACUUCAUUAAAUGGGCCAGAUACAACUUUUUUAUCAUUUUGUAUCCUGCUGGAGUUGCAGGUGAACUGCUGACUAUAUAUGCUGCUUUACCUUAUGUCAAGAAAACAGGAAUGUAUUCACUGAGACUUCCCAACAAAUACAAUGUCUCCUUUGACUACUAUUACUUCCUUAUUAUUGUCAUGUUCUCCUAUAUACCAUUAUUUCCACAACUCUACUUACACAUGCUGCGGCAGAGAAGAAAGGUGCUUCAUGGAGAAGUGAUUGUAGAAAAGGACGAUUGAAUCGAGCCAUGUAACUAUGGUGCUUUUAAUGGAAAAACAAGGGUAAAAAAAACAAAACUUCCUGUGAUUUUUCUGAGUCCAAGUUUUAAAACAUGGAACAAGAAUAAACAACUGUGUAUAAAAUAACAUGGACUGUAUUAUUUAUACCAUUAAUACAUCAUCAGAUUACCUUUUCAUUUCUGGAUUCACUUUGAUUUUUAAUUGUUCAUUUCUUCAAACAUAUUGUUUUCUUAUUUUCAAUAGGUUGACAAAUAGCUUUAACAAAUUGAAUAGUUUGCUAAUGUGCUUUCUAUUGUGAAAGGUUUGUUAUGACCUGUAGUCCUCAUCAAGAGCAGAAGGAGAGCUGAUGAGCUGUAUUGGAAGUGUGUCUUCUGGAAAACAGAGCAUAAAUUAGGUAAUGAUGUGUUUCAUAGGCUAGGGGGCUUAAAUGUUAUUUAAGUUGUACUUUAAAUUAUACCUUUACAAUUAUAAGUACUCUUAGUGUGUUCAACAUUCUUUGAGUUACAAGAUCACACUGUAGAAUUCCAGAAGGAUUUUUGAAAGGAGCUGAAUCCUUGAUUGUUGGUGCAAGUUAGAUCUCUCUGAAUUUUCAUUUCUAAUUGAAAAGAAAUGUCAAAUAAUAGAUACAGUAUUAUCUGGUGAAAAGUUUAUGCUGAGGAGUGAUCAUGACCAGUCUUUCUGUGGUCAGUGGCUGGAACGGGAAUCAUAUGCAGAGGAAGACUGAUUGUCAGUGUGCUUCCUAUUCUACUUCUAAUUAUGUAUGUGGAAAAAUGAUGGUAUGGCAUUUAGAAACUGAAGCUAUAGUGAGGUAUUUACUUCCCAUAAUUAGCGAAGAGGGAUAAAAUAUAUUUGAAAUAGUGCCUUAAAAUAUAAAUUGUGCUUUGAAUCAUCCCAUUGUGCAAUUUUAAUUGCUCCCUCCCCAUUAAUUGUUUAUAAUGGAAUUAUGUAGUACUAAUUAACAUCCUCAAUAAUAUGCAAGAGGGAUCUACAAAAUAUUAAUAAGCAAUCAGAUGACACUGUAUGAUACUUGAGUGGAAGAAGUCCAACAUGUGGACUGAAUAUAGACAGGAGUUGGACACAGCAUAAGAGAACCAAAGUAAAGGUAAUGCAUUUGGGGAAACUUGGAUACUUAGUGAGAGAGAGAAAAGAUUGAAAAGUAAUAAUGUAAUAACAAGCCUUAAUAGCAUAGGCAACGAUGUUGCUUCAGGAUUCAGUGAUAUAUGCAAGAAGAGGUGCAUCAGGCAGUUGGAUAUCAGAAUACUCCUGUGACUGCUGAGGUCAUUUCUAGAGUACUGUCCUAUAUUUUGGGUAGCUCAGGAGUGAAGACUUGAGUCAAUCUUCAAGAAAAGGCCAGAGAACAGUAAAAAAAUUAGUUGAAGUAAGAAGUCAGAAAGGUUGAGUCAUUAAGUAUGUAUAACUUCUUGUUAUGUGACAAAUACAUGUAAAAGGAAGAGACUUUGUUAGUAUGAAAGUGUAACUAGAACUGAUUGUAUAUCCAAUGAAUAUCAGGAGAAAGAUCCUACCAGAGAAAUCAGUUUGGUGACAGAAUGAUGCAGUAAAGCUUAUCACUGCAUACAAUUCCUUGGAAGACUUUAAGUUAGAUGUAAUCCAGUACUGGAAAAUAAUGUUUCAUUGGAAGGAGUUUGAAUUACAUACUUGAAUAGGCAGUUUCCAUUUUUAGCUUCAAUGAUUCUACAGUAGUACAACUUAUUUUGAAAACUGGAGAUACAUGUUUUUUCUGACGUGUUAGGUAAUUUGAUGAAAAAGCAAGGAUUUACUAUAUCCCUAAGUUUCAAAUUCCAUUUUGUGCCUUAAAUUUUUCACAUUUACGUGUCUUCUCUACAUAGAAAUUAGAUUUCUUUUAAAUGAUAGGUGCAGUGUGGACUUGAGAUGCGAUAACUGUAUUCCUUAGAAUUUUAAAAAGCAUAAUCUUUAUAUUUUUUAGAACAAAGGUGCUAUAAGUUAACUUACUACUUCUCAGUUUUAUAUGUAGCUAAGUAUUUAAAGUUUAAAAUAUAAACUACAUGUACAAUACUGAUUAACAAAGUACUUGUGUUACACGUUCAGACUAGCAGUUGUAUUUGUCCCACAUUCUUACAAUACAGUUUUAUAAACUUUAUUUGCAUUUUGAUCCAUGAGGAGCAAGCAUUGUGGCAGUUUUUAGAAAUAUUUCUCAGUUAGCAAGCAGAAGAGUGUGAUGAAAUAUGAGUAAAUGCAAUUAGAUUAAGUUAUGUGUCUCUCUUUUUUUAACUGUCAGGGCAGCUCACUGAAGACCAUAGCUAUCAAUUUCUUGAAAAUGCAGUGGAUACUUUCAGUAUGUGAUUUUGAAAUCUUUUAUUGGAUGAGAUACUCUUUCUGUAAUGACAGGAGUACCUGAGCUAUAUUACAUUUGUUUUCAUUGCAGCUAAAGGCUCUUAUCAUAUAGCAAUCUAGGAUCUAUUUUUAUAUCCUUUUGUAUAUGGAAAAAAUGCAGCACUGUUUGCUAAAAUCUUUUUCAUAAAGCAACAGUGUAAUGAUAGAAUUUAAAAGGUAAUUUACAACUUCAGCAAGUCUUGCUAAAUGAUUCUUGAAUAAAGCUAAAAAUUACUUUUGUUGCAUUCAGUGUUGCAUAGACCAGAGAGAUUGUCAUGUAGAUUAGUUUACUUGUCAUGGACUUCAAAAUAAAAAAAAAAAAAAGAAAAUCAUCUUUUCUUCCUCUUCUUUUUUGAUUGAAGUCUGCGUUGAAGCCUCAGUGUAUACCUUUUGCCUGUCCUCUAGGGUAGUGACAAUUCUGAGUACAAUCCUCUUACCAUCGACUUAUAUGGGCCAGGAUUUUAUCCUCUGUAGCUUACUUAAACUUCAGCAUAACACCGUGAAACAUUUAAUUAGCUUGUUCAAUGGAUGUAAAAAUUUAAGUAUGAUUUUCAUAUGGUGCUCUCUUUCCAGCUUAUUUUUGCCACCUACUUUUUUUGUAUUCCUCUCUGCAAUAUUCCUAGUUUUCUAAAGCAUUGAAAUCCUCCUGUUCAUGAAAGAUUCGUGUGUAUUCAAACACUGGUGUCUGUAAUGUUUUGAUGUAUUCUUUAACAAAUUGUUUGUGUAAAGGUAUUUUCUUACUUGUGCUAUAUACGCCUUCUGGGGCAGAUUAAUACAAAGAAUGUCCUUAAGUUGUUUGGGUUUUUUUUUCAUGACAAUACAUAGGAACAGGGAUUUGGAAGCAGAUUUAUAAUUAUCAAGUGACAUUUCUUAUUAUUGGUGGUACCAUAAACACAUGAUCCUAUUAAUAAACUCCAGUUGAAAACUUUUGGAUUUCUUGAGGUUCCCCUAAACAUACACUGGGAAAGGCUGUUCCAGGACAGACUGGGUGAAUCACCUCAUUUAACAGCUCUGCCCUGCAUGUCUGGAAGCCAAAUCCUGACAUCAGGAUAUGGCCAGUACAAAGGGGUAUAAUGUUGGGAAAUUGCAUCCUGCACAUUAGCUGCCAAGUGGAUCACUGAGGCUGUUGUGAACAGUGGUUGAUAUACGUCAUUUCUCUCACUUCUGUCUGUGCAGGAUUUGAGAAGAGAGGCAGCUAAACAUGCUCUCAUACCUUCUGCAUAAGGAACUAAUGGGAUCAGCUGAGAGGAUCUCUGUGCACAAAGGGUGUGAUGCAGAAAGGUUUUGUGCUUCACUCAGCUGUUUAUGUCUGCAUCUAUAAGCACGUAUUUUUUUAAUUGCUGGUAUUCCAAUACAGCUAUAUCACACAGCUGUCAAUAGCAUUUCUCAAAAUUAACAGUCUUGGAGAAACUGUGCAGUAUGCUGCUUCUCAUAACAUAACACUCAGCCAGGUUCAUGAUAAUGGGCAGAUUGUUUAGUUAAGGAGGAAUUGAAUGGAGACCUUUUCUGUGACCAGAAGGAGCCUACCUUUUCUUAUCCAGAAGUAAAUACAUGCAUUUUAAAUCUAGGUCUAGCUACUGAUCUGACUGUGGUACUUGCACUCUUCAUACUGGCUUAUCUUAGUGGAUAUUGGAUAUUUCCUUGAUUAUUAAAUAGAUUAGAGUGAAAAUAAAUUAGAACCAUUACAGUGAAUUGUAAUUUAAAGUAGCUGCUAUAUUAGCAGUUUUUGUGAAUCGAGCCUUUGCUUAAUCUGUCUUAGGGAAAAAAAGAAGCAAAAUUAAUACAAAUAUACAAAUAAGUAUUCUGCACGAGACAGGAGGGCUUCAUAAAUCAAAAUUUCUAUGCAGGCAAACUGGCUGCAGUUCCUUAUAAAGGAUUGGUUAAAUGUGUUUUUGAAUCAACAGAAGAUGGAAAGCUUUCCUGAAAAUUAAUUUUUAUUUCAAAAUAUAUAUUUUAAAAUGUGUUUGGAGGUAAUGUAUUUCUUAUGAGCAGUUUACAAUUCACAAUGAACGUACAUUUUUAUAGAUGAUAAACUGUAGCCCAUUACAAUGUUUUAAUCCAUGUUUGUUGUAAUGACUGUUUUAGAAACAAACACCUUGUGUUUCUGCAAAGCUCUUCAGUCUGUGUUCCCUUGCUCAAGUCAACUUCAGUACUAUUUGUGCCUAUUAAGCUUUGCAGGGCCAUUAAACUGGCAGGUUAACAUCUGCCAAGAAUAGUUCCUCAAACUUGCUUUCAUGGUAGAACACCUCAAUAGUGUUUGGUACUUUUGGUUCAGUGUCCGGUAUUGUAAGCUGGUGACUGGUUGUGACUGGAGUGACUUCACUCACUGGUGAAGGAUCUUGCGUGCCUUCAGUAGGACAGAAAGUUUUACAGAUCUUGAUAAGUGAUUCAUCCUUAUUGCCAGAUACAGAAGACUUAUCCAGUGAAUUCUUAGGUCACAGUAGUGAAUUAGUCUGAAAAGUGAACAUAAGUCUGUAUCAAGAUAAACUGUAUAGAACUUGAAUGUUGGAUGACUCUAACUGUUUUAUAGGAACUUGCUGUCAAGAUCAAGUCUGCAGCUGCUAAUGGUUUUAGAGCUCUAAAAUGUAAAUGCAUACUACUUUCUUACGGUGAAUCAGCUGAAACGUCUUUUUAUUCACAGUUCUCUUGCUGCUCUGUUCAGUCUUGAAUGUGUUUUAUGUCCUUUCAGUUGAUGGCUUUGUAAAAGCAUAAGUACAGAAAUAUUUAUCUAAAUAUAUCAUGUAUAGGAUUGUACUUAAAGAUUCUUAAAAGUGUAAAUGCACUGCAGCUGCUCAUUAUUAUUAUUUUUCCUGAAGUAUGUUAUCACUAGCAGUUUACACAGACAGGAAAACACACAAUAUGAUACUUUUAAUAACUUAUUUAUUUGCAGAGAUUAUAAGAUUUGUUGAGCUAGAGAUUUGGAUAUUUGUUUUGGAGAUUGUUAAUACUGUAGCACUGUAGAAAUUCAUCAUCGAUUAAAGGAUGUUUUAAACUGU